AUGUCGGCUGCAAGCGAGCGCCGCGAAAUUGUUAUUAUCGGUGGUGGUAUCAUCGGUUGUUGCUCGGCAUAUUACUUAACAAGGCAUCCUUCUUAUGACCCGUUGCGCCACAAGGUGACCCUCAUCGAGGCGACAGAGAUUGCUGGGGGCGCAUCAGGCAAGGCUGGUGGGCUCCUGGCCUUAUGGGCGUACCCAAGCAAUAUAGUACCGUUGAGCUACAAGCUCCAUGCGGAUUUGGCCAAGGAGCAUAAUGGCCAAGAAAGAUGGGGUUACAGAGAGGUUGGGUGUGGGCAAAUUGUCACACGAGGCCGUCCACUAAAUGAGAAGAAGGAUAUGGAUGGGGGAGACCGUGGAAGUUCGUUGUCUCUCCAGAAGCGAAGUGAAGCUGCUCUUACGAAGCUUAAAAAGGCCAAAUUUCCACAAGACCUUGACUGGAUCGAGCCUGAGUUGAUCAGAGACUACGAGAGCAUGAGUGGCCCUGGCGAGACCGCCCAGGUUCACCCUUAUCUUUUCACCACGUCAAUCGCAAAAUUGGCCGAGGAGAAAGGCGCGGAAGUUGUACUCGGAUCAGUCACGAAUAUUGGCUACGCGGAUGAUGCUGUUCAAUCCGUCACAUUCUCGGAUAAGGGAUCGGGGGAAUCACGGACGAUCCCGGCAACGGAUGUUAUCAUUGCUGCUGGUCCGUGGACUCGUGCAGUUAUGCCGGAAGCCCCCAUUUCGGCAAUGCGCGCCCACAGUGUCGUUAUUCGACCGGCAAAGCCGGUGAGCGCUUAUACUCUGUUCACGAAUAUCGAAAUACCAGCCAACUUCGACCCGGCGAAGCCCUCUCGACCCACUGUCGCGUCACCCGAGAUCUAUGCACGCCCCGAUGAGACUGUCUAUGCUUGUGGCGAAGGUGACCAAGUUGUCCCUCUCCCGAAAACAACGGCAGAUGUUGAAGUGGAUGAGGCGCGUUGUCAAGAUAUCAUUGAUCAAGUGGGCAGCGUUUCAGACCUACUUCGAAACGGACAGGUCUGCGCACGCCAAGCUUGCUACUUGCCCAAUGUCACAGCCGUACGGGGUGGUCCUCUAAUUGGCCAUACUGGUACGAAAGGGCUUUAUCUCGCUGCUGGGCACACCUGUUGGGGCAUUCAGAAUGCUCCGGGUACUGGGAAGCUCAUUAGCGAAUUUGUCUUCGAUGGCGAGGCUAAGAGCGCAAAGAUUGGGUCUCUCGAUCCGAGAAAUUAUCUUUGA